GCUGCUUCUCGCCAGUUUAUUGGCCGCUCGCGUUUGUUCUUGGCUGUUAUACAGAAUAUAUAUUGCAGCUUCUAUACACGUACUGAUCCACAGGUAUCUGUAGAGCGCACUGAUCAGGAUUCAGUUCUAAGGCAUUUCAUUUUAAAACUACUCUACAAAAAAUACAAGGAACACUUUUAUUUCUGUUCUUUUUGGGGAAUACGAGACCGCCGUCAAAAUGUGCAAGGGACUGUCCGCACUGCCAUCCACGUGUUUGGAGAGAGCCAAGGAGAUGAAGGUGAAGCUGGCUCAUCUAGCAGACAAGCAGGACCGUGCUCCACGCCACAAGGAAGAGAGCUUGCUGCAGGAUUUUGAGAAACUCCUGAGCAGUAAACAUGGGGUGGCAGCGUUCCGCUCGUUCUUGCGCUCGGAGUUCAGUGAAGAGAAUAUCGAGUUCUGGCUGGCCUGCCAGGAUUACAGUGGCACCAAGUCCCCUGGCAAGCUGGCCCCCAAAGCCAAGCGCAUCUACAGCCAGUUCGUGGCUGUGCAGGCUCCCCAGGAGGUGAACCUCGACUCAGAGACACGUGAAGCCGUGACCGUGUGCGUGUCAGAGCCCACACCCGCCUCCUUUAGCGCGGCCCAGCAGAGGAUCUACACCCUGAUGGAGAAGGACUCCUUCCCUCGUUUCCUGAAGUCUUCUUACUGCCUGGAGGCCCUGCGCAGCCUGUGAGCGGCACCCCCUGGCCCUCAGGAGGAGACAGCGUGAAUCUAUGUGGCGUUGCAUGGCAGCAGCAAGAGGAGUGAUCGAAGUCCUGCAAGUAGUCGAAGAUCAGAAUGUCACUUGUCCCGGAGGAUCUCAGUCAGCUGUCGACACACAACCCUGGCAAUGACAUUCCUACACUGUCAACUGAGCUUGCCAGACUGCAUGCGUAACUGGAGCCUCACUGCUCACCCACAGUAGUGAUCGCCUUAUAGACACUAUUACACUUAGCAUCCACAAAGGGGGGCUAUAGACACUAUUACACUUAGCAUCCACAAGGGGGGGGCUGUAGACACAAUUACACUUAGCAUCCACAAGGGGGGGGCUGUAGACACAAUUACACUUAACAUCCACAAGGGGGGGCUGUAGACACUGUUACACUUAGCAUCCACAAGGGGGGGCUAUAGACACUAUUACACUUAGCAUCCACAAGGGAGGGGGGCUAUAACACUAUUAAACUUAGCAUCCACAAGGGGGGGGCUAUAGACACUAUUACACUUAGCAUCCACAAGGGCACAAGGGGGGGCUAUGUGGUGCAGCCCUCAUCAUUAUUCUUGGAGCAAGCUGUAUUUGGAGUUGUAUUAGGGUUACAGUGCAUAUGAUGUUCUUAUGCACUGCACAGCGCCUUGCAUUGUUAAUAUGCUGUAAAGGAUCCACGGAAGUGAUGCACUGUUUAACAUACAACAGAGCUGACUUAAAGAAUUGGUUUGUUUACAUUCAUGUAGAGCAAUGGGUUGAAAUCUGGGUUUGGGGAUUAAGAAUUAUAUUCAGUAUAUUUAUUUCUUCAGUUUCAAAGCAUUAACUUUGUAGGCAGUGUUAAACAAUGCCUUAGCAAGGCACUGAGGCUGAGCAGUGGUCUGCUUCUCGGUCCAUGCAGACACAUUCGUGUGGAGCACUGGCUAAGCUGGAGCAGUGGUCUAGUUCAGGAGUUUUCACCCGGGGGUACGUGUACCCCUGGGGCUACUUCUAAGGGUCACAGGGGGGACGCAAGACGACUCAGAAAUGCAUAACUGAAAAUGAAAGCAAGAGAAAAUAAUGAUCUUGAACUUAUAACGGUAUUAUAUAUUCUCUAAACCUUGAUGUAUACUUAUUUAAUCUUUGUCUAGCAGCUCAAAUGUAACGGCUAAUAAAAAAAACAACACAGAAUCUAUCACGUCCACAUUUUCCACCUGUACACAUGCGCGGUUUCGAGUGCAUGGAUUUAGGUGAAACAGGUGUCUGGCGAUUGUGCCCGGAGAGGGUCUGUGCUGCUCAUGAUCUUUGCUGUUUUCAAGUUGUAUCAGUGAAGCGCAGUGUUUCUGUGUUUUUUAGAAGUA